AUUUGCUUCAAAGAAUAUAUUUAUGUCGUGCAAAUUAAAAGUGUGGAACAAAUUGUUUAACACAAUUGAAUGGCUUUAGUUUAUGUUUUACAUUUUAGGUUCCUUUUGUUCUCUCAUUUGACUGUGUUACUGCUACUUGUCUUAACUAGGAAAGGAAAUGGACACAGUGGUGAUUGUCCAGACUCAUUUGGUUGUGGAAAUCUUGGGUUUUUUAAAUACCCUUUUACAACAGUUGAAUUCCCAAGCUGUGGUGCAUUGGCAAUUCAAGGUUGUGAUAAUCUCAACAAAACUGCUAUGAAGUAUGUCCAGUUAACCAAAAGAGGAAAACUCUUCCAAGUUAAAAAGAUUGAUAAUCACUGGUCCAUUGGCAACACUAUUUCCAUUAUUGACCCCAAUAUCACCAAGCUUUUGGAGAAAAAUGCUUGUGAGGCAUUCAGCUAUGUUAAUAUUACCCUCCCUCCUCCCACUCCUUUUGGAACUUUUUUUAUGAAAAACUACAUAACAGCUUUCAAAUGCAACCAUACCCGAAAAUUAGGCAUUCACCCUCCAAGUAAUUUCUUCAUAAAUAGUUCUUGUCAUCCCUAUGAUUUUUACUUUGGCGAUUCAAUAUUUGAUGAUGAGUCCAACCACUCUUUCGUGUCCUGUUCGUCAUUGCAUCUUCCUGUCAAUGAAUUAGGCUUUGCACUUUCCGGUAACCCAUUUCCCUUUUUAACUAAUGAAAUUACCUUUCAGUUCCAAUCUUCAUAUGACUGUCAACAGUGUCAUAACCAUUACCAUGAUAAAAAAAAUCAUUGUCAUGUUGACAGCAACGGACAAAUUUAUUGCGUCGCAAGGAAGGGUAGAAGUCCAGCUCGGAAGCUAGGAUUGGUUUUAGGAGUCGGUGUUGGACCAUGGAUCAUAGUUGGAUUAUUCCUCGCGCUACGGCACUACAAACGAAAAUCUGGCCCUGCACAGACCCAAUCCCAACCAAGCAACAACACUUAUGUUGAUCCUUAUUUGAAUCGUGAAGUGGAGUCAACCAAGCUCUUCUUUGGUGUACCUGUCUUCUCCUAUGAAGAACUUCAACAAGCAACAAAUAAUUUUGACCGCAGGAGAAAGCUAGGAGUUGGAGGUUUUGGCAGUGUUUACCAUGGGAAGCUCAAAGAUGGAAGGGAGGUUGCUGUGAAACACUUAUUUGAGCAAAAUUACAGGAGAGUAGAACAGUUUGUGAAUGAAAUUGAAGUACUCGCUCGCUUGCGCCAUAGGAAUCUAGUGUCCCUCUAUGGCUGCACUUCACGUCACAGCCGUGAGCUACUACUUGUAUAUGAAUAUGUUCCAAAUGGAACUGUGGCUAGCCAUCUCCAUGGUGAUUUAGCUAGAGCCGGUUUGCUGACAUGGCUUAUUCGAAUGCAAAUCGCAAUAGAAACCGCUUCUGCAUUGGCUUAUCUACAUGCUUCCGACAUCAUUCACCGUGAUGUCAAAACCACCAACAUUCUACUUGACAUUAAUUUUUCUGUUAAGUUAGCAGAUUUUGGACUAUCAAGGUUGUUCCCUAGCGAUGUCAGCCAUGUUUCCACAGCUCCACAAGGAAGUCCGGGUUACCUUGACCCUGAAUACUUCCAACUCUACAAGCUAUCGGAGAAGAGUGAUGUGUAUAGCUUUGGCGUUGUGCUCAUCGAGCUAAUAUCAUCUAUGACAGUAAUUGAUUCUGCCAGAGAAAGAGAGGAAGUUAACUUGGCAAAUCUAGCAGCUAAGAAGAUCCGAAAUGGUGCAGUCGGGGAAUUGGUUGACCCAUCACUUGGUUUUGAAUCAGACAGUGAAGUUAACAGGAUGGUAACUUCAGUGGCAGAAUUGGCUUUUCAAUGUGUGCUAGGAGACAUGGAAUUAAGACCUUCCAUGGAUGAAGUUCUGCAAGAACUCAAGAAAAUUGAUGGUGGGAAUUUUGAGUUUGAUCAUCUAGAGAAAGUACAUGACAGUGUUGGCUCCUCGCGGUACGAAGAAGUACAUUCACCGAUAGUUGGAACUUCUAUCUAUAGGAAGCAAGAAGUAUCAACUUCACCAAAGUCAUUGACAGAGAAAUGGGAAAGUGAAUCUAUUACGCCCAAUGGUGAGAGCAUAACAGAGUCUAGGGAUGGCGAAGUUGCAGAGAUUCAAGCUCUUCGCGACACAAUGCGGUGUUGAAAAGAGCCCUACGUUAAG